AACUGUAGUGGUCCAGUAAGUUGGAGAGAGAGAGACAGAGAUCACGCGCUGACUGAAUCAGACCCACAAAAUUUCUCAUUGAAACUCCAAUGGCGGAGCCAAACCCAGAGCCAACAGUAUCUCCAAAAGACGAAAAAGAUGUCAAAGCACCGAAUAUAAUUGAGAGAGCUAAGGAAGAGAUUGAUGCAAUAACUCACACUGAAAAAUCACCAGAGCAUCACAAAGAAACGCAUGGAAGGAGUGAUGACAUUGACGAGAACACCCCGAUAGAUGAAGUCAAGGGGCCGAGUGUGUUUGAACGAGUGAAGGAGGAGAUUGAGGCCAUUGUUGAAGCAAUUCAUCCAAAGAAAGAAUCCAAAAGUCAAGAGCCUUAGAAGUUAGAGGGGUGGGUUAACUGAGCCUCUGUAAUAAGAAGGUUUGAGAAAUUUUUCUCUCGAUUUGGAUCAGAAAAGAGGAUUUAAUAUUGUAUCAUAACUGAUGCUUAGUUUCUUUGCUUUGUACGUUUGUUGCAAUUUUACCAUCCAGAUGAUAUCAAUCGUGACUGAAUUUUGUUCAGUUAUUCCAUUGUUCUCA